GCCAUUGGCUUCCAAUUUGCUUGAGCCAGACAGGAAGAACAAGGGAAGAGCUUUGUUCUGUGCGUGAGAGCUGGGCGCGUGGAUUCCUCGUUUCUCGCGCUCGAUCGUCGCCAUCGCCCGGGGUCUUUGCUUCGAUUGCUGGAGGAGGAUCGCGGCGGAGGCGCUGGCUAGAGCUGCAUUCAUCCCAUGCCGCGAACGAGGGGGAGAAUCGGCGGGAGUAGGGUUUGCUGACCGCGAGGUAUGAGCAGCGCUGGAAGAAGAAGCUCUAGGUAGCAGCAUGGGAUUAUGAUGGAUCCCCAGGCAUUCGUCAAGGUCUCGAUCGCGGCCCUAGGGCUGCGAAUCCCGAUCGCCUCCAAAGCAGCUCGCGUCGGCGUACAUGCCUCCUCCAUUCCCUGCUACUGCGAGAUCAGCUUGCCGGGAUUUCCUGUCCAGACGGCGCCAGUGCCGCUCAUCACCGCAACAGCGCCAGAGCCGGAUUCCAGGAAUGUGGCGGCGGUGUUCUACUUGGAUCACUCCAGCUUGAGGAAGCUACUGGCAGUCCAGUGCUGCUUGGGCUCGAGGAAGGCGGCUCCUUGCUUGAAAGUGGUGGUCUUCACUGGAAGGCAGGGCUCGUGCUGUGGUGUGAGAGAAGGGAGUUUCUUGGGGAAGUUUAGCAUUGCAGUCGACUCGGAGUGGCUUUCGGGGAAUCCACUCCAGCUUUACGAUUCGUGGGCGAGCAUAGGAAAGAAAGGUGGAAGUCCUGGAGCGGAGUUUCAUCUCAAUGCCAGGAUAGAGGCAGAUCCUCGCUUCGUUUUCCAGUUUGACGGGGACACUGCUUCCGGCCCACAGAUUAUACAAAUCCAGGGAAGCUUGAGGCAGCCCAUCUUUAGUUGCAAGUUCAGCAGGGAUCGUAGUUGCCGCGCUAGGCUAGGAUUCACAGAUACUCCAGCGAAGAGCUGGUCCACACCGCUAACAGGAGAUAGAGAAAGAGAACGCAAGGAACGAAAGGGGUGGCUUGUGAUGAUCCACGACCUCUCGGGCUCUCCCGUGGCUGCGGCUUCGAUCGUCACACCUUUCGUGCCGUCGUCGGGGUCCGACUACGUGAGCCGAUCAAACCCAGGUGCGUGGCUCAUCCUCCGCCCGGACUCCACCGGAGUCGAUAGCUGGGAGCCGUGGGGGAGGCUGGAGGCCUGGAGGGAGAAAGGUGGCAAGGGUGGUCUCGGGUUGAGAUUCCAGCUGGUUGCUGAAGGUGGUGGCAUCACCAGCGUCGGGAGUGGGAUCCUGGUGUCCGAGACGGUGAUCAGCACCCAGAGUGGCGGAGAGUUCUCGAUCGACACGGUCAGGCUGCGGGUGGAAGCGGCAUCCUCGUCGUCUUCAACGGAGAGUCCUCACAGCAGCGGGGAUGGCUUCCUGGGGCUGGGCUUCCAAGUCGCGGGUGGAUUCGUGAUGAGCUGCCCCGUCCACGGCGAGAGGAACAAGACGAACAAGGGCCGCUGCAUCCAGAUGGCUGUGAGGCACGUAACUUGCGUGGAGGACGCGGCGGUGUUCAUGGCUCUCGCGGCGGCGGCGGACUUGAGCAUGGAUGCGUGCCAGCCAUUCUCGAGGAAGCUGAGGAGAGAGCUUUGCUACCAGCAGGGCGAGUGAGAUGAUCGAUCUAUCAUCGAUCGAGAGAGACGAGGACGAGAUGAUCCGAGACAAUGGUGAUCGCGAGGACGAGACGAGAGGAGCGUGGCCAAUUUUCUCCCGCGAAAGUCUAUAUGAUUAAAUAGCUAGAGAUUAAUUAAAGGAGGGAGGUUUAGUUUAAGCAAUGGUUUUAGGGCAAGGUUUCUAUAAAUAAUAGAUUGGGGCUAAUUUAGUGGCCA